CUACUUGGAUUUACUGGAGUAGCUGACAAAUUGUAUAGGUGUAUUUACCAUUAGGUUACUGAGUCCCGUUAAUAAUCGUCAUACUUCUAAAAGAGGGUUUAUUUGUGACUAAGCUAGUGAUUGUUGUUCGAUCAACAUGACAAGACAUGCAAGAAAUUGUACGGCUGGUGCUGUGUACACGUACCACGAGAAAAAAAAGGACGCCACAGCCUCAGGUUAUGGAACGAAUAGUCAAAGAGUUGGAAAGGAUUCAGUGAAGGAUUUUGAUUGUUGUUGUUUGACUUUACAACCUUGCCGAAUUCCUGUAGUAACGAAAGAUGGGUACCUUUUUGAUAAGGAAGCUAUACUCGAGUAUAUCUUAACGAAGAAGAAAGAAUACACAAGAAAGUUGAAAGAAUAUGAAAAGCAGAAACAAAAGGAAAAGGAGCAAUCUCAAGAAAAGACAGCAAAUGAGGAACUGGAGAAACUACAGAAUUUUCUAAAGGGAGAGAAAAAUAUUGUAUCUAGGAAAUCUUCCGAUGAAGCUGGUUCAUCAAUUUCCAAUAUGAGUAAUGGUCGAGAUAAAGUAUUACCCAGCUUUUGGAUACCAGCCAAGACACCACAAGCCAAAGAAGUCACUUUACAGAAGCCUGAUAAAACCAUUUAUUGCCCUGUGAGUGGAAAAGUGCUAAAGCUUAAGGACCUUAUUCCUGUUAAAUUUACAGAGGUGAAAGAUCCAGAUGAUAAGAAAUCUCUCAUCGUAAAACAAGCAAGAUACAUGUGCCCAAUCACACAUGAUAUUUUGAGCAAUAGCGUACCCUGUGCAGUUUUAAAGCCAACAGGCGACGUAGUAACAAUGGAAUGUGUAGAAAAGAUAAUUAAGAAGGAUUGGAUAAACCCUCUGGACAGCACUAAACUAACCGAAGCUGACAUUAUACCUUUGCAAAGGGGAGGUACUGGAUAUGCAGCAGCCAAUGAUUCCCUUGAAGGAAAGCAUCAGCGACCUGUCUUACAAGCAUAGACAUAAAAAUCCACAACAAUCCACGUUAAUUAUAAUCCACCUUCAAAUUGUACAUUUUAAAAUAGAAGUAAAAUGACGAAAAAAAA